CUCAACACGUGGUUGAUAAUAACAUGGGUGGGCUCGAGGGGGCGGUGGUGGACUGUCAACGAUUAUUUGGAAAUAUGAAGCUACGCACGAAGAGAAGUUAAGUAAUGAUUCAUCCCGCAGGCUUAAACGUUAAACUAACCUUCAGAAAAAUCGCGUCAGUGUAGCAUAACGCAGCGAGAACUCGAGCAGAGACCCCAGACUGUCGUCGUCGCCGCCGCGUCGAUGUGAGCGACCCGGGGUGGAGCAGCGAGACAAACAUUAGCUGGUUUAGCUUAGUAACGUUAACGGUAGCCAUCAGGAAGGAGUGUCACCGCUCGCGCCAGCUCACUGAACGGGGACGAGGAGAGCCAGUCUGUGAUCAUGGCUUCCCUCGGUAGCUCGGGGGCCACGUCCAGUCCCAUGGUAAUCCUGGCGCCCAAGACAAAGACGAAGAAGAAGCAUUUUGUGCAGCAGAAGGUGAAGGUGUUUCGAGCUAGCGACCCCGUCCUGAGCGUCUUCAUGUGGGGCGUCAAUCACUCGAUCAACGAUCUCAACCAGGUGCCUGUCCCUGUCAUGUUGCUGCCUGAUGAUUUCAAAGCCAACACUAAGAUCAAAGUCAACAACCACCUCUUCAACAAAGAAAAUCUUCCAGGACACUUCAAGUUCAAAGAAUACUGCCCUCAGGUCUUCAGAAACCUAAGGGAACGGUUUGGUAUUGAGGAUCUGGACUAUCAGGUUUCGUUGACCCGCAGCCCCCCGAUGAGGAGUGUAGAUGACCAGGGAGAAGGUCUCCUCCUCAACUCCUACGACCGUACGCUGAUCAUCAAGCAAAUCUCUACCGAGGAUGUCGCAGACAUGCACAACAUCCUGUCUGAGUACCACCAGCACAUAGUGAAGUGUCAUGGAGAAACCCUGCUGCCACAGUUUCUGGGGAUGUACCGGGUGAGCGUAGAUAACGAGGAGGCCUACCUGAUCGUCAUGAGGAACAUGUUCAGCCACAGACUGGUGGUGCACAGGAAGUACGACCUGAAGGGCUCUCUGGUGGAUCGUGAAGCGAGUGAUAAAGAAAGGGGAAAAGAGCUUCCUACCUUCAAGGACAUGGACUUCAGGAACAACAUGCAGAAGGUGUAUGUAACCGAGGAGCAGAAGGAGAAGUUCAUGGAGAAGCUCAACAGAGACGUGGAGUUUCUGGUGAAGCUGAAGAUCAUGGACUACAGCCUGCUGCUCGGCAUCCACGAUGUGGGUCGGGCCGAACGGGAGGAGGAGGCGGCUGAGGAGGUUUCCAACGAAGAAGAGGUGGAGGCGGAAAACGGCCUGGCGCCGGGCGCCACAGUGGGCUCUUAUGGCAACUCCCCAGAGGGCAUCGCUGGUUACAUGUCCGCCUGCAAACCUCUGGGGCCCGGGGAGUUCGAACCGUAUGUGGACGUGUACGCACUCGGGAGCUGCGCAGGGGCCCCUCAGAGGGAGGUCUACUUCAUGGGCCUGAUUGACGUACUCACUCAGUACGACACGAAGAAGAAAGCCGCUCAUGCAGCCAAAACUGUCAAACACGGGGCUGGUGCUGAAAUCUCCACAGUCCACCCCGAGCAGUACGCCAAACGAUUUCGCGACUUCAUCUUCAACAUUUUCGCGUAACGCACAGCUGUGAAGGCGGCCAUACGUCGAUAAGUCGAUCCGACUGAGCGCUAAAAGUCUAUUUUACCAUUGACCAAAAACAGUAUGCGCACACAGAUCGUUAUUUAAGUGGUGGUCUGUGGCGAGACUGCUUACGUUGUAGCAAUAUAAUAUACUACUUCUUAUGCAUAUAUUUAUUUUUAAGAUUUAAGGAGCAUUGUGUCUGACAUUAAGCACUCUUAAUGGGAUAACAGUGAUAGCAGUGGGGCACAUGGAGGCAAACUGCUGGUGAUCAGUUUCAAAGUGUUAAACCACAUCAGUGAGAGAUCAAAUAUUCAAAUUUUGUUUUUUUCAAUUUUCAGUUUUGUCUGGUACCCCAGACAUGAACUAAACUUAAAGGAAGAAGUUUAAAAUGUUGGGAACAUAUUUGCUUUCGUUCCAAAAGUUAGGAAGAAGAUUCAUAACACACUCACCUGUUAAAGGUACCUUGUGGAGUCUCGUUUGGCUGACCGAGGUGGGCUGAUUUAUCGGUCCUUGCAGACGGUCAUUAUCACAGUCCACAAAGCUUGUGCCUGCAGUCUGACGCUGGUUACUCUGAGCAUUAACUCUGAACUCGAAUUUUUAUUGAACUGAAACGACUUCUUGGUAAAGCAAGAACACGGUGACGGCUUCACUUUAUUGUCCGCUUUGACAGUAGGACAACUGAAAACUGACAGCAUAUCAUACAUGACCUCACUAAUUAACCAUCCCCUCCCAUUACGUCCGGCAUGUUACAAACUGGGGGGGGUUAAGUGCCUUGCUCAGGGGCACAUCAGCUGGCUAAUGGAGGGGGAGGAGAAUUGAUUAAUCACUCCACCAGACCCAAAUUUUCAGGGGGGAUCAAACCGGCGACCCUCCUGUCACAAGCUGCUUCUCCAGUCUCUGGGCCACGGCCGCCCCUCUGCACUACAUGCAAACAUCAAGAAUUCCACAGGAGUACUUUUUUAAAUAUGAAGCCACAGGGGUAUCAGGAGACUAGAAACAACCCGCUUUUGGCUCAGUCCAAAAUGAAGUCCACCGACCGGCACCUCUAAAAACGACAGUCUGUCGUUUGUGAUAGUUCAUGUGCACAAUUUGUCAUUUCAGUUUUUGUAGGGAGUAAAUAAAUGAGAUAUGACAUGUUAAUCGGUGAGCUUUAGGGGUGCUUGUAGGUGGAUUUUGUCACCUUUGGACAGAGCCGGGCUAGUCUUUAUGCUAAGCUAAGCUAACUGUCUGCUCACUGUGGCUUUGUGUUCGUAUCGAUCUUCUCUCCUAACUUAGGUAAGAAAGUGUUUCCCACAUUGUUAAAACUUUUUCUGAAAUCUUAGAAUAAGGAAUAUCUCUAUAUAGUGUGUAUUAAAAUAUAACGGUAGUCUACACUUGAGGGAUUGAGGGUUAUGUAUCUACUGAAACAGGCCGUCGAAAUGUUUCGAGUGCCAAAUAUGUGGCAUCAAAGCUUUAUCCUGGCAGGAUUUGCACUUAUCAAGUUAACUAAAUUGACUCUGUUGCGACAGAGCAGGUAAAUGAAACAAUUUGAACGGACCAAAUCCUGUUUUCCACCACAGUUUCUAAAUUAUAAAGGAUGUGUACAGAACAGCCUCGGCAGUGGAAAUGGUAAAUGUGAAGCAUUCACAUAGAAGGAGCGCCAUGUUUUUCAGCCUGUAAACCCGCCUGUAAAGAGGACGUGACCUGAGCUUCCUUCACCCGCAGGGCUGCGCCGGCGUUAAUGAAGCGACUUGUCCGACUUUCGGGAUCAGUCCUGCCUUAUUAGUGAUGUGUUUCUCUUGACAUCAGGACACUUCUGAAAAAGAGCCCAUCCAUCAUUAUUCUGGACAUAAUCCUCUUUGAACAUGGUGUGGUGUUUUGUGCUUUUGAAUGUGCUUUAUGUGACUCAUUGUGAUAGGAUAAGAUCUAGAGAAAUAUAGCAAUAGAUCUAUGAACUGUUGUCUGUGUAUUGUAAUUUGACAUUUAGUGAUAACCAGGGUGCUGUAUAAAACAUUGUUGACAGUAACACUACAUUUCAGUAGCUUAUGCAGAGGGCCUCGACACAGUGAUGUGAUCCGGCUUUCCGUGUCACACUCGUAAGGCAGCGCGGACACUGUACACUGUGUGUGAUGCCUCAUCCACUCUGUGAUUGCACAUGUUGUAUUUUUGCAAAUCAGCUUUUGGACCAAAAUAUAUUUUACAAAGAACUA